AAGUCUCAAUCUCAGUGGGCAAAGUUCCAAUGAACACUUCUGCUUCCAUGUGUUCAAAGCUUUCAGAAAGUCAGACCAAAACAAAGUUCUUCAGAGGCAGGCAAAAUGGAUCAAGAAGCAAGAGAAUUGGGACGGAAACUGAAUACGGGAAUCACUGCCUUGAUAUCCGGUUUCCUGAAAAGCGAGAAACUAAAAGAGUUCGAAGAACUCAAAACUCCAGAAGAAAAGGUGGCCUUUCUCUACCAUGAAGAGGCCUAUUAUCCACUUUUACAAGGGGUUCGUCGAAGCCAUAAACCCAACGAGGACAGCAAAAAGAACCAAAAGAUGUCCAAAGCCCUGAGAGAUGCCGGAAAUGAAGCCUUUGGUAAGGGAGAUAAUUCUUUGGCACUUGAUUGUUACAAUCAGGCUAUCAUUUUGGCUCCAUGUGAUACUUCCAGUGGUCAAGGGGAAGAUUUAGCCAUUGCAGCGGCCAACAGGUCCGCUGUUAUGUAUCGGCUUCAAAAAUAUGGAUUCUGUUUAAAGGAUUGUGAACUCGCCGAGCGGUCAGGGUAUCCCAAGCAUUUGAGGUACAAACUGUUUCAGAGACACGCCAACUGUCUUUCAGAAACAUUUAAGCUCACCGAAGCAGACGCCAUGUUCCAAAAAGCUAUAGAGGCUCUUAGUGACUCCAAGUUGAAUAAUGCUCAAGCAGAUAAAGUAAAAAAGGAAAUCAAAGCCUGUUGGGAUGAAAGCAAAACUAAAAAAGGCUUGGAGAAGGUGGUUAAUGAGUUCUUAAAGAAUCCGCAACAACUCAUCCCUGACGAAUUGAAAAUCGAAAGUCUCGCCGUUGGUGGAAACCCUUCUCAUCCCGCUCUUAGUGACAAGAUUAGAAUUGUUUACAACAAAUUUGAAGGUCGCCAUGCUAUUGCUACAAGGACGAUUAACCCUGGAGAGGUCUUAGGUGUUGAGCAGCCCGUAGUUUAUUCACUAUACACAGAGCGAUUCCUUUCCAAUUGCUCUCGAUGCUUCAAGGCCGUGGUUGUUCCAAUUCCAUGCUUCGGAUGCUCCGCAAUCUUAUUCUGUUCCAUGAAUUGUCGAGAUGAAGCGUGGAACCGUUUCCACAAGUUCGAAUGCAAGGAAAUGGAUUCGGUGUCCUCUAUUUAUCAAAAUAUUUUCUUAGUUUAUAGGUUGAUCUGCCAGACCCCCAUGGAAUAUUUCCGAGACCACGAGUCCAAUUUUUUGGACCAUAACCAAGAACGAGGGGCUCAAGAAAAUCCAAGCACAUCUCAAUUUAGCAAAGGACUUGGAUUUGAUACCGAUCCGUGUGAUUCUGAUUUAAGUGAUUCGGACUCCGAAGAAUCAGCAAGUGAAGAAAAUGAAGGCAGUGAUGAUGAAUUAGAGGAUAAGUGUCAAUCUGCGAUGAUUUACUCCUCGGAUGAUUACCUUAAUGUGUUCAAUUUGGAAGGCCAUGACAAGGAACAAAAUCCAGACGAUGAAUUGGCUCUGGCCACGUCUUCUGCAUUUCUGCUUCAUUUUCUAAAAAAGAGCAACUACUUCCCGGUCCCUUCUUCAAAGCAAGCAAUCAGCUCUGAUGAACUUCUUAUGGCCAGAAUUUUGUACCGAUUCCUUCAAGUAAGUCAGUACAACACGCACCAGAUCUCACAAAUGGACAAUUGGGACAAAACCACGGGCUUAACCAUCCGACCCAUUGGUUUCGGUUUAAAUCCGACGUUGGCCUUAUUCAACCACUCAUGCUCUCCCAACACGAUCAGAUGCAACGUGGGGACCAAAACCAAUCUCAUAUCGACUCAAACGAUUCAUGCAGGAGCUGAAAUCACCGACUCAUAUUCCACUCUAUAUCAGGACCAGCCCCGAAAUGAACGAUUCAAUCACUUGAUGAACUUUUACAAAUUUGAAUGUCGGUGCAAGGCCUGUCUCAAUGAUUGGCCAGUAUUCGAGGGCCUCAAGAAAACGGUGGCCAAGCCUGGAAUGGCCGAAAAAGUGGCAGACGUGAAGAAGAUGUACGCAGUCCUCUUCAAAUUGAGUCAGCAAGACCUUCAGUCUGGAUAUUUUGACCGAAUUGUGGAAAUGUGGUCCAAGUUCUACCCAACUUGUGCUGAGGCCCUGGAAGCUCCUCACAAAACCUUCCUCCACGUAGCAUCCCAAAUUCAUGACUGCUUUUGGCUGAAGCACGGAAAUAGAGUGCCUAAAUUGAAUGUCCCGGUGUUCAAAGACCACGUCAAAGACUCCAAAGUGCCUAAAGAAGAGAAACCAUGAUUCUGACAGGAGCAAAAAGAGGAAAACUAUCCCACCGUUGUGUUUGUGCUUGAAGUUGGUAAAUAUACUCGUUCGUGUAGAGUAAAGAAAUUCCCUCAG